AUGAACACCCGUCCAGCCCAACCAGGUCCCUGGGUGAUGUCAAAGGAACGACUUCAUUACGGACCCGUCGCGAGCGGAAAACCCGGCGGAAAUGGCGGCGGGAAUGGCGGUGGAAAGCCCGGAAAGCCCGGACAAGGCGUUACGGUCUUAGGGUUUGUUCAACAGGCGCAGUUCGUGCAGUUCGUACUUGACCCGUGGACGGCUCGAAUAUGCGCCGCGAGCGAGGGUGCAUGCGACGCGUUAGGUUACGCCCCCGAGGAGCUAGAAGCGCUGACGCUAUGCGGUCUUGUUGAUGGCUUGCCGUUACCGGAAUGGCUGCAGCUGGUUGCUCCCCUCGCGACCGGAGAGCAGCGCGGCGCGAAGCUCGACGCGGCUCUGAAGCUUGGAAGCGGAGCAGGCGGGACGGGCGGAGGCGCGGCGGAAACCGCGGGGGAAAACGCGGGGGGAAACGGGAACGAGGGUUUUGUUGAGGGGGAUGGCUUUGGCCGGUCCAGUAGCCGAAGCAGCGGAGGAGGUUCGGAAUCGGUGGGGUUGUCGCUGGCUUCUGCGCUGCGCGCGGGGUUGCGCACGAGCACGUCGGAGGAUGUGCGGUCGUUCUCGUCCACGUCAGACAGCUUUUCGCGGGACGGGUUCGCGCAGAAUCAAAUCUUUUCGGAUGACGACGACGACGAUGACGAGGACGACUAUGGCGGGGACGGGAUGGGGGGCGCGCAGUGGGCGGAAGACGGCGCGGCGAGGCGGAGGAGCAGGCGGAGGCACAGGGAGGGGCGGAAGCGGCACCAGCAGCAGCAGCGGGAGCAGCAGCAGCAGCAGGGGAGGGAGCAGAGACGGGAGCAGGGGAAGCAGUUGGGAAAGGAGCAGCUGGCGAGGGAACAGCAGGUGGUAACCGCUCCCGGCGAGACUCGCGAAACGAGCAGUGGCACGCCUGUUGCUGGCGGGGAGCCCAUUCUGUUUUCCAUCCUGCUCCAAUACUUUGAGAGUAACGGGGAGCGGGAGCUUGUAGCAACGGCACACCCGCUCCCGCAGCAGACGCCACAGCGGGAGCAGCAGAGGGAACGGAACGUUGACGAUGACGUUCAUGCUGACGUUGACGUUGACGUUGACGAUCCCGCAUCCCUGUACCCCAAGACCUUUUCCCUUACCACGCAGCCCCAGACUGGUUCCGGCGGCCCGGGCGCCGCGAGGUGCCUCUUAGUAGGCUCCUUAAGCCACGGAAGCGGCUCGGAGAAGCAGGACGGGAGCGUCAGGGGCGGGGAGGGCGCAGCGGGGGGGAUUGGCGGAAGCUGGGAUAUUGGCGGGGGGGGAAGCGGGGAGGGCGGGGGCUGUGGGCGCGAUAGUGCGGGCUCGGCGCUUAGGCGGGAAGCCAGUCUAGGGACAGGGCUUCGUCGGGAGAGUAGUAUAGGCUCGGGGCGCUUACCCCCGCUCCCGCUGGGAGCGCCUGGGGAAGGGAACGCGCCGCCCUCGCAUUCACAGUCUCACGAAGGUGCUGCUGCAUACGCUUCCCCGCACACGCUUGUGCAUGCGCAGAUUGAUUCGCGGCAGGUGGGGAAUCCGCAGCAGGGGGGGAAUAGGCCGCGACUAAAAGAGUUUAGGGAUAAUGACCUGACGUGGGAGGAGAAGGUGACGUGGCAGAUGGGGGAGGGCGCGGGCGGGGGGAGCAGGGGGGUGCGCGGCGGAGGCGGGGCGGGCGGUGGGAGCGGGGGGAGCGGGAGGAGCAGGGGGGACGCGGGGAGCAGGGGGAACAGGGGGAGAAGGGGGGGAAGGUUGGGGGGACUGGGGCGGCAGUGUAGCUUAGACGCGAAUUUUCUGCACGAGAUAGGCUCCGCAAGUGAGAGUGAUUCUGAGGAGGGGGACUUCCCCCUCGGGCGCAGGGGGAGGGCGGGCGGGGAGCGGAUUGGGGGAGCAGAGCGGUUUGGGGGAAGCGGAGCCGCGGGCGGAGGGGGGAGAAUGGGCGGAAGGGGGGCGGGGGGGAUGGUGGCUAUACGGGCGGAGGUGGUUGGAAAGGAGAGGGGGCGAGAGAAGGAUGCGACUAAAAUCUGGUGCAUUUGCUUUUAUUGUCCACCCAUUUUCAUCCCGCCCCUCAUCACCCCAUCCACCCCUCCCUCCCCUCUCCCCCGUCCCAACCCCCUCUCUCCCCCACUUAUCCCAAAUUCCCCCCCUUUCCCCUCCCCACAUCCCCAUUACCCCCCAUCCCUCCCCUCUCCUCCUCCACCCCUGGCAGAGGGCGGCGGUUUCACCCACUCAUGGCUGGAUGACGUGGCAGACUCCCAUUGGCUGCCGGACCUGCACGUCCGGGCCCUCCUGGACGAGGCAGGGAUAGGCCUGGCGGGGCUCCGCCUGGGCAGUGGCGAGCUGGUUCACUGCAGCGCCGCUCUAGCCGCCAUGGUGGGGCGAUCAGUCAACGUGUUGGAAGGCUCGCCGCUGCAGAAUUUCCUCAGCGCCCCUGCCAUUAGGAGCUUCCAGGUGGGUGUGCUGUGCUGUGAUCUCUCCUGCAUGCAGCAAGGAGGGAUAGGAGGGGUAGGCCUGGCAGGGAUAGGCCUGGCGGGGCUCCGCCUGGGCAGUGGCGAGUUGGUUCACUGCAGCGCUGCUCUAGCCGCCAUGCUGGGGCGAUCAGUGAAUGCUCUGGAGGGGUCUCCUCUACAGAACUUCCUCAGCGCGCCUGCCAUUAGGAGCUUCCAGCGCUGCUCUGGCCGCCAUGCUGGUUCCCCUCCCCCCGUUCCCGCCGCCCCCCCCUCCUCCUCCCAAAGAUGGUUCGGAAGCAUCUCAGCAGCAACUCUUUCUUUGCAGCGCCUCAAAGACACACUCCCUCCCCCACUCCCCUCCCCCUUCUCUCCCCUCCCCAUGCUCUCUCCCCUCCCCCUUCCUAUACUCUUCCCCCCUUCCCUUCCGCACUCCCUCCCCCCUUCUCCUUUCCCCUCCAGAGCUGGUUCGGCAGCAUCUCAGCAGCGACCCUGUCAGCGCACGCACAGCACCUAUCACCUCACGCCACGUGGCACAGGCAGUCUCACCAUGACCUGCCCGUCAUCAUGCCAGGAGGCAGCAUGCGCCGCAUUCGCCUCACAUGCCACGUGGCACCAGGAGCAGAUGCUGCGGGCGGGGCAAGGGGCGAUGACCCCCCCUCCAUGUUCAUGGCUCUCUUCUACGGCCUCUCUGCUGCUCUGCAUGGCUCCAAGAGGAGGGAGGGAGAUAGGUGAGGUGAUGAGGGGCGAUGACCCCCCCUCCAUGUUCAUGGCUCUUUUCUACGACCUCUCCGCUGCUCUGCACGGCUCCAAGGCGAGUGGUGGGGGUUUGAGAUGCGGCAUAACUCCAAGCGACCUCUCUGCUGCUCUGCAUGGCUCCAAGAAGGGGCGAAGGCUGGGGGUAAAGGCGAGGGAUGAUGACCCCCCAUCCAUGUUCAUGGCUCUCUUCAGCGACCUCUCUGCUGCUCUGCACAGCUCCAAGCACCUGCCAGCAGGGGUGGCGCACAUGCUUCCCUGCCUCUUACCUCGUCCCACCCUUCACCUCCACCGCACUUCACCACAGUUCACCCCAACCCCACAACAGGAGGUGCGCGCAAAGUGGUGUGCCUUCAUUCUCCAGCACCUGCCAGCAGGAGUGGCGCACAUGUUCAGCCUACUCCACCGCACUAAACUGCUCUUCAUCAUCCUAUCUCAACCUGUCCCCACCGCUUCCCAUACCCAUCCUUCGCACAACACAACAGGAGGUGUGGCCAAACGCUGCGCUUUCAUUCUGCAGCACCUGCCAGCAGGAGUGGCGCACAUGCUUCCCUGCCUCUCUCCCUAUCCCACCAUACUCCACCGCACGAGGUGCGGGCCAAACGUUGCGCUUUCAUUCUGCAGCACCUGCCAGCAGGAGUGCCGCACCUGCUUCCCUGCCUCUUACCUCGUCCCACCCUUCACCUCCACCGCACUUCACCACAUUUCACCCCAUCCCCACAACAGGAGGUGCGUGCAAAGCGGUGCGCUUUCAUCCUGCAGCACCUGCCAGCAGGGGUGGCGCACAUGCUCCCAGAAGAACGCACCAGAGGGGGAAGCGGAGGAGGGGGAAGUGGAGGUGCGAGCGAAGCGGUGCGCUUUCAUUCUCCAGCACUUGCCAGCAGGAGUGGCGCAUAUGCUUCCAGAGGAGCGAACCAGAGGGGGAAGCGGAGGGGGAGGGAGCGGCGGGGGAAGUGGCAACAGUGCCGGGAGUGGCAGGGGCGGCAGGGGGGAGAGGAGUGGCGGGGGGAGCGGCAACGGGGAUGAGGUGGUUAUUAACCCUCAUAUGGAGGCAAUUACGGGGUAUUCACGGGAGGAGCUGAGUACAGUGGAUUCGUGGUUCUCAUGCCUCUUCAGGGAACGGGCGGAAGAGGUGCGGCAAAUACUUGAAGCAGAUCGUGCAAUGGGGUUCAGGGAAUCACGGACGUUAAGGAUGGUGCGGAGGGACGGAGAGCCGCGGUGGUUAGAGGUGGCUGUGAGGGACUGCGGGGCAGGAGGGGGCGACCUGUGGGUGGUGAGCGACAUCACGGACCAUCUGAUCGUGCGGGAGAAGUUCCGCCUGCUCUAUGAGGCCUCCUCGGACGGCUAUCUCGUAUUCGAUGACACAGGGAUAACAGAGUGCAACGACGCGGCCAUCCACUGCCUGCGCUGCAGCGACAAGAGCGAGCUCAUCGGCCGGCAUCCCGCGUACUUUUCCCCCGAGCGCCAGCCGGACGGGCGGCGGUCGGACGAGAAGGCGGUUGAGAUGGUGGCCCUGGCGACUGAGACCGGCAUGCACAAGUUUGAGUGGAUGCACAUGAGAAAAGACGGGUCUCUGUUUCCGGUAGAGGUGACCCUCUCCUUUCUCCAGCUAGAGCACAACCGUCCCAUGCACAUGGUCGUCUGGCACGACCUGUCGGAGAUCAAGCGCCAGGCGAGGGAGCUGCAGGCGGCUAAGGAGGCUGCAGAGCGGGCGAACCAGGCCAAGAGCCAGUUCCUGGCGAACAUGAGCCACGAGAUCCGCACCCCCAUGAACGGUGUGAUCGGAGUGGCAGAGCUGCUGCUAGGAACAGACCUCACUGCAGAGCAGCGCUCCUAUUUGGAGAUCAUCCGCUCCUCAGGAGACAAUCUCCUUCGAAUCAUAUCAGACGUGCUCGACCUCUCCAAGAUCGAGAGCAAGAACCUGGCGCUGGAGAGCAUCGAGUUCAACAUGCAUCAGCAGGUGACGGAGGCUCUGGCGCUGCUGGAAGUGGUGGCCAAGGACAAAGGAUUGUUUCUCGAACUGGAUAUCCAUGAUGAGGUGCCAGGGGUGGUAAUGGGGGACCCUGUGAGGCUGCGACAGGUGCUGCUGAACCUCAUCUCCAACUCCAUCAAGUUCACUGAAACUGGCGGCAUCACAGUCACGCUCCGACUGGCCACACAGGUAGAGCUGGGGGAGGUGGAGGAGGCGAGGAGGGAGAGCAGCAAGAGCAUGAGCGUGCAACGGGGGGAGAGCGAGGAUAAAGGGGAGAGAAGCGCUGCUGGCAAGGGAGGAGGAGGAGGAGGAGAGGUAGGAGGAGAGGGAGGAAAGACGGGCAGCGGGGGCGGCGGCGGCAGUGGUGGUGGCGGUGGUUCAGGAGGGAAGGGAGGGAAGGGCGAGAAGGGAGAGAAGGGAGAGAAGGGAGCGGUGAAAAGAAGAGAAGCAGCAUCAGAGUCCGAGGGAGGAGGGAAAGCAGAAGCAGAGGAGAGUGUGGUGGUGCGGUUUGAAGUGCGGGACACGGGAGUGGGCAUGGACGAGGCAGCCAAGGGGCGGCUGUUCAAGGCGUUCUCGCAGGCUGACAACUCCACGAGUCGUAGAUACGGUGGCACGGGGCUGGGCCUGGCCAUUUGCAAGAGUCUGUGCUUCCUCAUGGGGGGGGAUAUCGGCAUGCACAGCCAGGUGGGAGUGGGGUCGACGUUUUUCUUCUACGUGCGAAUGCAGCACGUGAACCCCAAGGAGAGCGCCAAGCCAGCCGGAGAGAGCGCCACGAGCAGCGAUGCAGAGCCGCUGUGGGUGCAGCUGCAGCACAUGCGCGUGUUGGUGGCCGAGGUGAGUGUGGCUUUGCUGUAUGGGAUGGGACUGUAUGAGUUUUGA